AUGAUCUCAAAAUUAGUGAACUCAAUCCAGCCAGAUCUAUUACAUGUAUACCUUGCCUGGGUUGAUGCCUGGCUUUUGAGUGCAGAUGAACCCGACUCAUCUGGGGCCGAAGCCACAAUAGAUAUUGAUGAGCUAGCAACCGUUCUCGACGAAACACAGGCUUUUCAACUCACGAGCCAUGCACGUCUCAUGCAGGUCGUCUCCGCAUUCAAAAAUCAUGUCGUCAAAGGAAAUAUUAUAAUAGGAGGCACACGCCCUCCAUCUUGUGAUGAAAUCAAUCUUUUCUCUCAGAAAUAUAACCCCCAGACUGAAUGUCAUUGUGAUAAAAUCAGUGUCACUUUGAAGAAUGGCAAGUUUGUCAGAGAAACAUUGCAGACUACAUGUUAUGCGAUUAAAAGCAUGGAAGGAGUAGCGGAACGAGUCAUUCAGCGACAAGAUGAAUGGUGCAGCGACUUGUUCACCUCGGAAAAGCUCCGUGAUGCUGUUACUGAAUUGAAAUUAGCCAACAGGGAAAUUCAGCCAGUCCCAGAUACUUGUCAAGGAUCCAAUACAGCAAGCCUCAUACCUAUAAUCCAGGCUCCGGAUCGCCGGCCAAACCCAGGUGUGGAUGGUAAUGCCAAGAUUAGCCAUCAGCUAUACCCAACCGCAGAACAGUUGAAAAUCUGCACAGACGCAAAAUAUUACGGUGUAAUUGCUUGUGGUGCUGGUAUUUGCGAUGAAGGUCUCGCUCGAGCAGUUGCUGAUUCUUCGAAUGAUAUUCUGAUUGGUGAUUAUUGCGAAGCCGCAGACGAAAAAGGCCUAAAACUUCUACAGCAAGUUGGAGCUGCUGCUAUGUCGUUUCUCAAAUUGUGCAACAUGGGGGGCCGUGUAUCAGACUGGCAAUUUAACAACCUGAGCGCAUAUAUGAUCCAGUGCCGUGUCUUGGGCUUCUUCAGAGAUCACUCCAGGCCUCAUCUUCCUGACGGCAUCUAUGGAAGCCGGAUGACAGGAUUGGGGGUUCACCGACAUAUUGACAGCGCCGCGUUUCACGGCGUGAUGACUGCAUCAUUAGCAACCGGGCAUGAGUUAUCGGAAAUGGAGUAUAUGAAGAUCGUCGAGGCAUGUGUCUACAUCAAUGAUUUUGUGGACUUUCGUGGGGAUAUCUUACGAAAGCAGCGAGAGAAUGUCAUUCUUCGUGGCAUCCGAGGGAAUCUUUGCAAAUACAUCGAUCGCUCAAUUGAAAAGUGUCUUGAAACGGUCCUUUCGGUUCUUGAUACUUCCGAGCUAGGUGCGUUGGUCGUCAUGGGAUUCUGCAAUUGGGCUAUUCUUGGAUCGCAUCACAAAGCCUAUGAGUUGAUGCAGGGAGUGAGAGCUGUGAAAGCGUAUAAUUCAUGCACCUACAGGUCGGAGGCGAACGUUGCCCGAUAUGGUCAACUAAUGCAUGCGCUGAAACCAUACGGAACACUAGGUAAUGAGGGGCCACACAUCACAAAGAAACGUGUGGAUAUGGAGAAGAUGUUUAGCUACUGCCGAAAUAACCCAGCUACACACCUUGCAUGGCUUGCAGAUGUUACCCGAAGCUUCUUUGAGCCCACGGUGUUGCGAAAGCUUGUUGACGUGGUACAUUAUGAAUGGAGUGGCGAUAUGGGCGAAGUUGAAUAUUGUCCAUAA